AUGGGCGACACAGGACUGUGCUGCGACAGCCUGCAGGAUCCCAAGGCCCUGAUGAAGAUGGGUCUGAGCGUGAUUAUAGUCGGUCACGUGAACUUCCUGUUGGGAGCUCUGGUGCACGGCGUGGUGCUCAGGCACAUCAGCAUCAAAAACCAGGACCGUACCAUGCAGUACGCCAUCGCCAAUGUGGUGGUCAUCGCAUCUGGCAUGCUGGGAGUCGUUGCUGGUAUUCUGGCUAUCGUCCUCUCUAAAAACAAGAAGAGUAAAUCCCUGACGUGGUCUCUCUUCACAGUGAGUCUGGUUGCAUCUUUCAUGGCAGCGGCUUCAGCCAUUGGCCUUUUUGUAUCCGUGGUGAGGGCCAUUGUUCACGGUGGGCGGAGCCUCAUGACUUUCUGCCGCUUCCCCGACGCCACCGGCUACUCCAGCAUCACCAACGAGUGUCCCUUUGACCCCACACGCAUCUACAGUACGACUCUGAUCCUUUGGGUGCCUUUAAUCGUGACUUGUCUCAUCCAGCUGGUGUUUUGCGCCCGCUGCUUUGCUGUCUGCAUUUCCUUUCUGGGUCUGCCUUGCUGCCCUACCAGGAAGAGACCCAGAGGCAGAUCGGCAUACAGAGCCUCCAAGAACCUACAGCCAACCACCAAGAACCUACAGCCAACCACCAAGAACCAACAGCCAACCACCAAGAACCAACAGCCAACCACCAAGAACCAACAGCCAACCACCAAGAACCAACAGCCAACCACCAAGAAGGAGCACAGCAACUCCACAACGCCAGCACCGAACUCCCACCCCUCCACAGUAUCUUCCUCGUCAGCACCACAGUCUUCCUCCCUCAGAGAGACAACCUCUUCACCAGCCACACAGAGUGAGAUCAGACAGAGAAAGGCAAGUAACAAGAGCUGGAAGCCAGCAAAGGGUGACGGAGCAACACCGGCUCUUGCAAAGGGGGACGCUGGAAAGGUCCAGCUUCUGGAUAUAGCGUUAUUUAACGCAGCAGAUCUACUCGAAGAGCCAGAAAAAGACUUAUGA